UGUCCGGCUGCAGCCCAGCUUCAGGUAGUGCCCAUCCUCUACCUGCCUGCCAAGGAGUGCUAGCCCCAGAUCAGUGCCUGGGAUGUCCCAGAAGAACAAGUUCAACUUUGUGGCUGAAGAUCAGAUCUGGAAGGAUCACAUUGAAAUAGAACGUGAAGCUGCAAGGAGAUGGCCAUCACGGUGGGGUUUUCUGUUAACACCAAUUGAAAAGUUGCUAAAAGAUGAAGAGAAACAACCACCUAAGCCUAAGAUUCCACUUCCAGAACACUUACAAAUCCGACCUGUGACACCAGUGGAAAAGUACAUUAAGAUCCAUCCAUCUCCACCUGUCCCUCAAACAACUCAAGGGUAUAUCGGAUGGAGGUCGACAGUACCAGGGCUGGAGCUUGAACGUUAUUAUCAGAUCAGAAGCAGUAAAGGUGCCUUUUACAAGGACCUCCAAUGGCCAAAUGAACCUACCGACUAACUUUAAGAAAAAAUUCCAAUGCCUUUAAGUCUUUCUUUCCUUUUCUUUGAUUACCUUUCACCUAAGAACAUUUUCAGCAAGUCCUAAUAGGUGGAAAUUGAUAUUUAAAUGUGUUUGUGCAUCA